GGCAUCCCCACGCUUUCGAAGGCGAUGGGCCUGUGAAGAAUGACAUGAGGGACUGAGAGUCGUUGUCGCCGCUUCAUUUGGUCGGCAGAUGUCGAAGCUCGAGGAUUUCAAAGAGAUAGCCCUCGUGGGGGAAGGCGCAUACAGCAGGUGCGACACGGAGGGCCGGUGGGGCUUGUCGUCCAUGACAGUGGCUGCCGUUGUGUGCGUGUUUGUUUGUGGUUGCAGUGUGUACAAGGUGUUGCGGCUGUCGGACGGGCAGGAGUACGCCUUGAAGAAGGUCACUCUGCCCAAGCUGUCGGAGAAAGAGAAGCAAAACGCCCUCAAUGAAGUGCGCUUGCUUGCAUCCAUAAGGUGACUGACUGACUGUACAUUUUCAUCAAGGACACGAAGGGAUUCUUGUGUGGAUCGGAGGCCGUUUGUUUGUUUGUUGGUUGUGUUUGCUCUCGCUCAUGCAGGCAUCCCAAUGUGAUCGCUUACAAAGAAGCAUUUCUGGACGAGAGGAGCCACACACUCUGGAAAGACACCCACAUGGCUGCGGGUCAGCAUCCCGCAUUAGCGCGUCAUGGGUUCCUUACUUUGCAGCAUUGUGACGGAGUUUGCCGAUGGCGGAGACCUCUUUCAGAAGAUUGUUCAGCACCAGAAGGCCAAGCAAUACUUCAGGGAGGCGGACAUCUGGAAGAUAUUCAUUGGGGUAGGCUGCCGUCACGUCAAUGCAUACGCGCCUCAUCCGUACCUGCUGGCUGGCAUCGGUUGCAGAUGUGUCAGGGUCUGAAGGCCCUCCACGACCUCAACAUUCUCCAUAGAGACUUGAAGGUCAGCCACCGGCAUUCACAAAACGGCACAGGCUGAACCAGGGUGCUGCUUGUGUGUUACGUGCAGAGUGCCAAUGUCUUCCUCACGAAAGCACGCGCCGUCAAAAUUGGGUAAAAACCUUUGCUUGAAGCCGACAGAGCAGCGCGUUUCGCAUCAACCGAUUUGCUUGUGUCUGUGUGCAGUGACUUCAACGUGUCCAAAGUGGCGAAGCGUGGCCUUCUGUACACUCAGACGGGGACGCCAUACUACGCCAGGCAAGCCAAGCCAUGCACGCAUCGACUCAUGCACGCUAAGGAUGGCCCCUGUAUUGAGUGUGUCAAUUGCAUUUUCAGCCCUGAGGUGUGGCGCGACCAGCCAUACGAUGCAAAAAGUGACGUCUGGUCGCUCGGUAAGCUAAGAAACGACAGCAAUUGUGACCAUGAAUAUCAUGACAAGCUGUCAUGUUCGCUUUUGUAUCCAGGCUGCGUUUUGUAUGAGAUGUGUGCACUGAAGCCACCAUUCAGAGCUGACGACAUGGAGGCCCUGUACAGAAAGGUAAAUGGCAGACGAGACAUACCACGGAGGACGCACGCAAGCGUUCUUGCUGUCUUAGGUGCUGAAAGGCCAAUACAGCAAGCUGCCCCACAUCUUCAGCAGCGACAUCCCCACAUUGCUGGACCUCUGCCUCCAGACCAACGCCAUCCACAGGCCGUCGGUCACACAGAUACUCACGCACCCCACCAUAAUCAGGCAGAAGGAGAGGCUGGCGGCAUCCACUGAGACAUCACCAACCCCCCCAGAGACAUCUGACGGGCUCCUCAACACCAUCAAGCUGCCCAAGGAUGUCGCGGUCAGUGAGAAAGAGCAUGCGAGGAUUGUUCAUUGUGAUAUGGAUUCGAUUCUCACGAUUUUGCAGGCGCUGACGGCUCACCUGCCAAAACCCAAUUACGGCAGCCCCACGAAGAAAGGAGAAGGCAGCCGGUUGAGGCAAGCAAGAACGACCGAUCAGCAAGGAGGAGAAAGAUCGGUUCUGAAGGCCAAGAGAGAAGGCGGCGCUCUUGUCGAGUACCAUGACAAGAGGAAUCCCGGCAGCGCGCACGGGCCGCUGCUGGAAGGUCACUCGCAGCUGGUGGACAUCCACGGCGAGCCUUCCCAACUGUCCCCCGCUCCACCGAGACGGCCAGUCGCCUAUCACAGGAGAGCACCGAAGUAAGAGAAACGCUCGUGUGUCUCUGCCCUUUUAUCGUUCGUCGACCACUCACCUCUGUUUUGGUUUGCAGAGACAUGCCUUCUCGCCCCCUUGUCAACGACUCAGCGGAGGAUCAGAUAUACCCGGAUGACUUCGAGCGAGAAAACCUGCCAUCGAGACCACAGGCGCGCGCAGGGCAGAGGAGAAAGCUCUCUUCACUUGCGCGAGAGCAGCGGCCUGACGGCCUUCCAGUGGACGAGCCGACAAGCGCACCGCGAAGAAAGGAUGACCAGAGGAGAAAGAAGAACCGGCAAGAGGCCGAGCACAUGAGGAACGGCUACCCCCCUCCUGUCAGCAACAACCCCAACAACCCCACGCCCCCGGCCCUCCCCCCUUCCCUUCCCCCCGUCAAUCGGCCACAAGCUGCUGGCAUGCCGGCAGGGCCCUACCCCCCCCACGCACAUGCACAACUCGCAUACCAGCAGUACAAGAACUACGUCUAUCACUCGCGGAGGAAUCCCUACGGCUAUGUCAUUCCCCGCCUGCCGCCGGUCAACAACAUGCAGAGGUACCACCUGGGAGGCAUGCAGCCACCAGGGCGGUCUGAGUCACCGUACGACCGUUCUGAGUCGCCUCAUGGCCAUGCGAUGCCGCUGCUGCCACCCCUUCGGGAGCAUCAUAUGAAGGAGGCGCUCGUGUAUGCGUACAGGCCGCAGGGCAGAGACGCGUAUCUGGCGUAUCACGACCGGGGCAGGGCCGAUAGGCAGGGCGGCGGGGAGCCGAAGGGCGCGGCCAAACACGUGCAGAGACUGAGAAGAGGAAGGUAUGUAUGCCGGGACGGAGAAGGGAAGAUAACAGGGGGAUCAUGUCUCUGUUUGCCUGUGUUGUCUGUGCAUGCAGCAAGGACCGCUCGGUUGUGGCCCCCAAUCCAUACGCGAGCCCGCUGCCCUACCUGCCCCCGCCCGCCGCACCUGUGCGGGACGCCAUCAUCGACAGGAGGAAAAAGGAAAAGGAGAGAGAGAGAGAACGGGAGAGACUAUUCGAUGGGCGAGAGUACGGCUAUCAUCAUCAUCACCACCACCACCACCACCAGCACCACCCACAUUACCCCCCCGCCCAGUACUACCACCAUCUGUGACGGUCUUUGUUGCUGUCUUGGUCUCUCUCUCUCUUGCUCAUGUCUCUUGCCGACUCACUUGCCGUCGACUUGCUGAUAGUGGAACGGAACAUUGCUG